CGCUGAGUGGAGGAGGUAAAGGGGGUUAAAUGAACAGCUACAGAUGAAAUGUCCAGUUUGAAGACACAAGUCGCACCAGAGAUGUGAAAGGAGCUGACCAGAAGAGAAGACAGAAGAGUAAAGAGAAUAAGAGGGACCGCUGCAGUUCUUUGAUGUCUCUGAUUUGACGGAGGUUUUUUCCGUUCGUUUUUUUCGGCGCUCCUCUUUGAAUCCUGCCGUGAUUUCCCAGUGAAAAACACCUCUCUGAUGUCUACCAAAGCAGCAGCAACGGAUGUGGCCAUUUAAAUUCAGAGUUGAAAAUGGACAGGCUUCAGGGAUGAGUAUAGACUUUCCAAUGAAGGAGCCUGACGCAAUCAAGCUCUUCAUCGGGCAAAUCCCCCGAAACCUGGAGGAGAAGGACCUGAAGCCCAUCUUUGAGCAGUUUGGCAAGAUCUAUGAGCUGACAGUCAUCAAGGACAAGUACACCGGCAUGCACAAAGGAUGUGCCUUCCUGACAUACUGUGCACGUGAGUCUGCUCUCAAAGCCCAGAAUGCAUUGCACGAGCAGAAGACACUACCAGGGAUGAACCGCCCGAUCCAGGUGAAGCCAGCGGACAGUGAGAGCAGAGGGGAAGACAGGAAGUUGUUUGUCGGCAUGUUGGGGAAGCAGCAGACAGACGCGGAUGUGCGGAAGAUGUUUGAGCCGUUUGGGAGCAUAGAGGAGUGCACGGUUCUGAGAGGCCCUGAUGGCACUAGCAAAGGUUGCGCAUUUGUAAAAUUUCAGACCAACGCAGAGGCUCAAGCUGCCAUCAACGCUCUACAUGGGAGUCGCACUUUACCGGGCGCCUCAUCCAGCCUGGUGGUGAAGUUCGCCGACUCGGAGAAGGAGCGCGGACUGAGGCGCAUGCAGCAGGUGGCCUCACAGCUGGGGGUGAUCAGUCCCAUGACCCUUCACCUCGGGGCUUACAACGCCUACACGCAGGCCCUGAUGCAGCAGCAGGCUCUUGUGGCUCAGUCGGCGUACCUCUCACCCGUCGCCACGGUAGCAGCGGUCCAGAUGCAACAGCUCGCGGCCCUGAACCCCAGCAGCAUCAUCGCCACCCCCAUCGCAUCCAUCACGCCCUCCUCAGGUACCAGCACUCCCCCCUCGAUCGCAGCCACACCUGUCCCAGCUCUGCCUCCUCCCAUCGCAGUGAACAGUUACCCCUCUGUGCCAGCGCCCCCUAAUGGCCAAUCAGCCACUGAGACCCUGUACACAAACGGGGUCCACACCUAUCAAGCUCAGAGUCCUGUCCUGGAUCCACUGCAGCAGGCGUACACAGGCAUGCAGCACUACACAGCCACAUACCCCGCUGCCUAUGGUCUGGUGGGGCAGCCCUUCCCUCACCAGCCCACUCUGGUGGCACAGCAGCCGCAGCAGCCCCAGCAGCUGCAGCAACGAGAGGGUCCCGAAGGCUGUAACAUCUUCAUCUACCACCUGCCCCAGGAGUUCACAGACUCUGAGAUCCUCCAGAUGUUUCUGCCCUUCGGAAACGUCAUCUCCGCCAAGGUCUUCGUCGACCGCGCCACCAACCAGAGCAAGUGCUUCGGUUUUGUGAGUUUUGAUAACCCGUCCAGCGCCCAGACUGCCAUCCAGGCCAUGAACGGUUUCCAGAUCGGGAUGAAGAGGCUGAAGGUGCAGCUCAAAAGGCCCAAGGACGCCAACCGACCGUACUGAGACUAAGAGGACGAUACACGUUAAAUCAAGAGAAAACCACUUGGGGAUGUCCCUGCCUUUUUUGGUUGCUUGACCAAGCAUAUAGCACAGGAGCUGAAACCACUUCUCCACAAACAGCCGUCUGUUACAUGAAUGCGCUUUUUAAAAAUCAACAACGACAUCAACUGACUCAGUUUGGAGGUGAUGCCGAUUCGCUCCGAGUUCUGAUCAUUCCAGCCAGACCAUUUCUACUUACUGUAAAUAUACUCUACAUGUUAAUAUAUCAAUGCAUAUCAAUGAUGUUAAUCUAAUGAACAGGGUUUUACUGUAUAGUGUGACUUUUGUGGCGUUUCAAACAAAAGGCCAGUCUCCGCAGCGGAAAGGAAAAGAAAAUACUAUUAUGUACGAUGAUGGCUAAUAUUGUUACGUAGAGUUAGUUUUAUUAUUUAUAAGUAAAUUAAUGAAAAGAAAAAACGUCGAAAUCUCUCACUGUUAUGUACAUACCUUGGUUCAAAACGCUCUGACCAACUUCGUAACUUAAGUAAGCUUCACUCCUGCCAAUACUUUUCAAAUUAAAAGCAUAAGUAAAAGUAAGGGCUGGGAAUUUUUCUAUCUUGAUUUUUUACGUUUAAUUUAUUUGCUAAUCAAUUUGAUGAAAGGGAAAGAUGUGAUGAUUUCUUUUUAUUUAUCAAAAGAAGAAAAAAGAGGA